AUGUAUACCCGUACCUUCUGCGCUUUAGCACUGGUAGUGCUUUGUGUCAAUGCUUCAGCUGCCGUCAAUAUGAACAACAUUUGCCUGCUGUUGAAGGAAAACGCGCUUGUGGCAAGUGGCGACUCUUGCUCAUCAUAUUAUAAGUGCUCCAACGGCGUUGCUUCUCAGAAAAACUGCUCGACUGGCCUUUAUUUCGAUAAGAAUUCACAAGGUUGCGUUAGUAAGAUUCCAAGCUAUUGCACCACAGAUGCUGCAGAUCCAUGCAAUGGAUAUGCCGUUGGCUCUUUCGCUGCGGUAGCUGAAAGCUGUGCCGGCUAUUACUACUGCUCGUCUUCAGGAGCAGAACGCAGCAACUGCCCCGACGAUCUUAUUUUCAACCCAGACAAACAAUCGUGCGUCUAUAAAAGCACCUAUGACUGUGUGGAUGGAACCAACAACAGUAGUAGUACCGGUGCCAUCAAUUUGUGUUCGUAUGUGCAGAACGGCAUCUACUUCGGCAAUGCAUGGGCAUGUGCGGGCUGGCAAAAGUGCACUAGCAAUACCGAAUACACUACCGGGACCUGUACCAAUGACUUGGUAUUCGAUCCGGCCAACGCGAUAUGUAAUUAUCAAUCAGCCGUUUCAUGCUCACAGGUAACUAAAGAUCCCAGUUUAGAUGUCACAUCGGCUAGUAAUGGUGGUGCAUGUACAGAAACGGGAGCAAAGGAAAAUGCCACGGCUUGCAAUCAAUAUUACUUAUGCAAUGGCAAGAACUGGAUACUAACCUCAUGCGAUCAACACUUGUUCUACGACGUUACGAGUAAGGAGUGUGUGAAUCGCAUGAAUGCUUACAACGACUGUGAUCGUUGCGUUGGUACCACUACUAACACAUUUGUAAACGCAUUUGGAACCAAUUGUACUGGCUACCUGUACUGCACUGAUGGCGCAGAAUCGAGUUCUGGCAUAUGUGUCAAUGAUAUGUUCUUCGAUGAGGCAGAGGGCUUGUGUGUAUAUAAAAAUCCAGGAUAUGUCUUCUGUGCAGAUUCGUCCUCAACGACUACAACCACAAGUAGUACGACAACCACAACAGAUGCAUCCACAACCUCAACUGCUGCAGCAACUACAGAUGAAGCCACAACCACCACAACUAGUGCAACUACUACAACUUCUUCAGCAGAUGACACCACAACCACCACAACUAGUGCAACUACUACAACUUCUUCAGCAGAUGACACCACAACCACCACAACUAGUGCAACUACUACAACAGUCGCUGAAUGA